CCCGCCACCGAGAUAUCAGAAGCGGACAAGCCCGGUGCUGCAGCAAGCAAGACUAAGAUCAGGCCAAAGACAUCGACCAAAAAAACCAAAGCAGGUGGCAAGGAUGCCAAUCUGGAUGUUAUCUGUGCCGUCCAGACCCAGACAGUCAAUGCGAAGGGUACCAGCACCUUUCUCACAUGCCGGCGAUCACUGUCAUGCAAG